AUGGUUAUCCAGUUGGAGGAUUGCAUUGAUGUAUCACAGGCACUGCAUGGCAAUGAUUAUGAUUAUGAUUACCUUUUCAUGUUUGAUCACUCGAACGGACAUGACAAACAAAGGCCGGAUGGACUGAAUGCGAAUGCAAUGAACAAGGGGUUUGGGGGAUCGCAGCCUUCAAUGCGAGAUGUGGCGAUAGAGAGUGAGGAUCAGCUUGGGACUUACAAUCCUCCAGGGAAACUCAAAGUUGGAGAGACACAGCACAUGAACUUUGAUCAGCCGGGUGAUGAUGGUUCAUGCUGGAUGAAUGCAGAAGAGAAAGCGGCAAGCAAAGAAGAUGCCGAAUGCAGGAAUCCUGAAUCCACAGAUGAACAGGAAAUGAUUCGCUAUAGUUUUAAGAAGACAGAACUUGUUGAAAGACACAGGGCAAGGCCUUCAAUGGCACCAAAGCGGACCUUCAAAAGAGAUCCACAGACAACGAAAUUGCAAUCUCUGAAAUGCGUGUGA